GUGUGUGUCUCUGUGCUGAAGGUGUUCACGGUGGAGGAGAUGAUGCCUCACGUGGCUCAUCUGAGCGGCGCCGUCACUAAAAACCUCUUCCUGAAGGACAAGAAGAAGAAGAGCCUGUGGCUGCUGUCUGUGCGUCACGACCGGCAGCUGAACCUGAGUGAUGUGGCCAAGCGUCUGGGGCUCGGCUCAGGGAACCUGCGUCUGGCGGACGAGUCGCUGAUGCUGGAGAAGCUGAAGGUGGGUCAGGGCUGCGCCACGGCCCUCGCGCUCUUCUGCGACACCGACCGCAGCGUCAGGAUGGUGCUGGAC